AUGCGAUCAGUGUGGAUAUAUGCGGCGCUUGUGAGUCUCGUUUUUUAUUCAACAGAGGCCAUGGAUAUUGAGAGUUUUCAAAAUGCUACCGCUAUACAGAGAGAAGCAAUCAGAAACAAGCCAGCACUAGAAUUUUUGUACAAAAUGGUACUGGCCCUGCUCGAAGAAAACGAAACCAGUCCCAAUACAGAAAACAUCCAAGAGCCUAAAUUAGAUUUAGAUUUAAAUACCACCGGCUUGUUGGGAAAAUAUCGCUCCCACUGUCCCACCAAUCCAUCUGCUCACGGAAUUUACACCGUGCAAGUGUUGGGCCUGGAACCCUUUCAGGUGUCCUGCGAUGCCAAGAUUGCCGGUUCCGGAUGGACUGUGAUGGCCCGUCGCACCAGCAACCAGUUGAACUUCUUUCGCAGCUGGGCGGAGUACAAGAAUGGCUUCGGGCAGCUCGAUGGAGAUUUUUUCAUUGGCUUGGACAAACUGCACGCCAUCACCAAGUCGCGGCCCCAUGAGUUAUACAUACACCUGCAGGACUUUGAAGGACACACCCGAUAUGCGCAUUACGAUGAGUUCUUUGUCGAGAGCGAAAACAAGUUCUAUGCAAUGACCAAACUGGGUGGAUUCACCGGCGAUGCAGGGGAUUCCAUGAUGCCCAACAGGAACCAGAACUUUUCCACCUUCGAUAGGGACAAUGAUGCGUGGCACAAAAACUGUGCCGAGGAGUAUUUUGGUCCUUGGUGGCAUAUAAACUGCACUUACAGUAAUCUUUUCGGCGUCUAUGUGAACGGAGAUGAUGCCCAGUACUUUCAGUGGAAGGGGAUCGUCUGGCACUCUUGGCGCACUGAGAGUUACUCCUACAAAGUGAUGCAAAUGAUGGUUCGACCCAAAUGCUAUUGCUCCAGAUAG